GGAGGAAGGCUGAAUUCCGCGCUGGGAGAAAUCUCGGGGUGAAGCAGGCAGAGACCGAGGAUCGCCAUGCUCUUCGGUUGGGGGGACGGCUCCUACGGGCAGCUGGGCUCGGGCGAGGAAGGGGCUUCCCAGCCGGUUCCUCUCCGUCUCCCUCCGGCAGCGGUUGGCGGGCAAGAAGCGGUUGUCCUGGUGGCCUGCGGGGAGCGGCACACGCUGCUGCUGUUCGCCGACGGGAGCCUGGCUUCUUGCGGAGACAACGCCCAGGGACAGCUGGGGAGGAAGCUCCCCGCGGGACGGCAGCGAUGCUACCUGCCAGAACCAAUCCAAGCCUUGGAAGCCCAGACGAUUGUCUACAUAAGCUGUGGAAAGGAGCAUUCAUUGGCCAUCAGCAGCCAAGGCAAAGUAUUUUCAUGGGGAGCUGGUGGUUUUGGACAGCUUGGCACUGGAAAACUAAAGGACUCUUCGACUCCAAAGAAAAUAGAUGCUUUAUCUAAAUACAAUGUUAUACAAGUUGCUUGUGGACACUAUCACUCCAUAGUCCUUACCAAAGAUGGGCGAGUAUUUUCCUGGGGACAGAACAGCCAUGGUCAGCUGGGUCUUGGUAAAGAACUUCCAUCCCAGGCUACUCCGUGUAACAUUUCCUCUCUUGCUGGCAUCCCCUUGGCUCAGGUGGCUGCUGGUGGGGCACACACCUUUGUCUUGUCUCUUUCUGGAGUGGUCUAUGGCUGGGGAAAGAACAAUGCACAUCAGUUGGGUUUAGACCAGGAAACUUCAAAAGAACAGAUCUUCAAACCUUACUCAGUAGGUGCCCUGAGAAACCUUAACGUGACUUACAUUAGCUGUGGAGAUGAACAUACAGCUGUUCUCACCAAGAGUGGCAAUGUUUUCACCUUUGGAGAUGACAGUGCUGGACAACUAGGACACAACUCUUCAAAGAUUGGUCCUCAGAAAAUCGAUGAGAUUGAUGGUCCAGUUUCCCAUGUUUCCUGUGGAAGUUAUCACACUCUUUGUGUCUCUGCCUCUGGGCAGUUGUGGUCUUUUGGACGUGGUCUCCCUCAGCACACGGAAAGUUCGGCAUCGGAGAGCAGACAGGAAGAAAGACGGUGCAUUGACCUCAAUGCUCUUCUGGCCCCUAAUGGUACCUUUUUCUAAACACAAAUCCAGAAUGCAAAAUAGUCAUAAUAGAAGAACGCAAGGGAGCAACAUACAGCCACAAUUAAGCACAUUUAAGACACUCCAUGGCUUUGAAAACAGAUGGUUAAUUCUCUUUGAAAAGUGACACCUAAGAGUCUUUCU